CCGCUUCCGAUUCAGUUGACAACGUGCUUUGGUCAAGUUUUGGAUUCGAACAGACGAAAUUUAAUACCAUGGCUAGCACACUGCCGCAAAAGAAAUACUAUAGACAGCGGGCUCACUCAAAUCCUAACUCAGAUCACUGUUUAGAUUAUCCAGUGAGCCCAGAUACCAUGGACUGGUCCAGAUAUUACCCAGCAUACUUUGAGACUAUCACAACAUCUACCGCCAUAAAUACAGAGAAUGGCACUGCCAAAUCCAACCACCGCAAAGUUGAGUUUGCUGAUAUUGGAUGUGGUUAUGGUGGUCUUUUAGUUACUUUAUCACCCUUGUUUCCUGACACACUAAUGUUGGGGAUGGAGAUUCGGGUCAAAGUGGCUGAUUAUGUACAGGACAGAAUAAAAGCCCUUCGCCAACAGAAUCCUGGUCAGUACGAGAACGUCGCCUGCAUACGAUCCAAUGCAAUGAAAUAUCUGCCAAACUUUUUCAUAAAGGCCAGGUAAGAUCUUUCCAAGAUGUUCUUCCUGUUCCCAGACCCGCACUUCAAGAAGACCAAACACAAAUGGCGCAUUAUUAGCUCCACAUUGUUGGCAGAGUAUGCUUACAUCUUACGUGUAGGGGGUCUGGUGUAUACAAUCACAGAUGUAAAAGAACUGCAUGAGUGGAUGGUACAACAUUUUUCUGACUUUCCACUCUUCCAGCAGGUCCCAGAGAACGAGCUGGCAAGUGACAUUGUUGUUUCCAAGCUGUAUGACAGUACAGAAGAAGGGCAAAAGGUUACAAGAAAUAAUGGCCAGAAGUGGUUGGCAGUCUUUCAAAGGAUAGAGGAUCCAGCCCAGUCAAGUUGACACCACAAAGCUAAGUCUUACUCUGAUUCUCUGGAA